UCCAUUCGACUUCGCCAUCCUUCCCUGUAAGCCUAUUAAAGCAGUGGAAAACCGGGAAUCUCCCACCUGUCUGCGGUCCCCAAAGCCUACAGAAGCUAGCCGGAGCAACUCUGGCUGGAUUAUUUGCUUUAAGAGAUACCUCCCUUCUCUUCUUUAAUUUGGUGUCCUCCAAAAGAUAUUUUGACCCAAACUGCUUUAGUGCCCUGGGAUUGUAAGGUUUUGGCUUUCUGGAAAUGAUUAGCAUAAUCCUUCCUUUUUUCUUUUUUCUUAAGGGAGUCAGAUUAGACAGGCUGACCUUUCAGAUACAAUUCUGGUGAAAUUGUUUUGAAGCAGUGUUGAGUGUGUGUGUGUCAGCAAUUUUUAAAAGAAAUCAUUGGGAUUCCAUGGGUCUCUCCGAAAUCAGAUGAAUAUCCUUUUACAAGUUUGGGGGUUUAUAAUGUUUUCUGUCCCACAAUUGUAUGUCCACCUUAUUGAGCUCAAAACAAUAUAGUGGUCUCCUCACAACAGCCUGUGAAGUUGCCCUGAGAGAUAGUGACUAGCCUAAAGUCAUUAAGUGGGCUGAAAAAUCUAGAGUUUUUUCAAUCCAAGUCCAACUCUUUAAAGAUUACACCAUAAGGCAUUGGGAAAAAUUCCUCCCCCUCCACCCCACUUUUAUUCACAGCCUCCUCUGCAGCAAAGGUUAAUAGCUACUAUUUCUCUUUCAUAUGAGGAAUCUUGGAAAUGUGUUCAAAUAUUUUGAAAUCUUAAUUGGGGAAGAAAAACGUUAAUGGCAUCAACUUAGUCAUAACUGCUCUUCCUGAUGUCUUUUGAUUUCUGAAGUUGUUGAUAAAUAAGUAAUUGGGAGUUACUUGCUAUGCUUUAGGAUGAAAGAAAAGUCAAUGAAUUCUAAUGUUCUUCUAAGGCAUUACCCUUUAGCUUUGAAGAUGCAUGAAGUUUACCAGUGCUUACCAUGAACCCGUUCCUGUGUAAAGCAAGAUACCUAGGAUUCAGAGCGGGCGGAAGUCAUUCAAGGCUGGAAAGGAGUUUGCAUUGCUGAACUGAACACAUCCCUUUUCCAAUGAUUAUUUUUGGCUCGUAAGGGAAGAGAAAACAUUUUAGAAAAUCGCAGAAAAAGUCAACAAGAUGCCCAGUGAAAGAAUUCAGAGUAACUGUGGGCCAGAAGCCCAAAUUUCUGGGGAGAGCAAAAACAAGGGGCAGAGCUCUCCUUGCAGCUCCUUACACAGAGCUGUGGCUGUGGCUAUGGCUGUGACAUUCGAGGGAGAAGCCAGCACUGAAAAAAGGAAAAAGAGGAGGAAAGAGUCCAGGCCAGAAUCAAUUAUUGUUUAUCGGUCAGCGACAGAAAACAAAGUGGAAGAAGAACAAGCAGAGGAGGAUGGGAUUGAGAAAAGUUCUGAGGAAGGCUCCAAAUUUUUGGGAUACACUCUACGAGAUGGUUCAUGGGCUAUGCCUUUAGAUAGCAGGUAUGUUACUUUAACUGGAACCAUCACAAGAGGAAAGAAGAAAGGGCAGAUGGUAGACAUCCAUGUUACACUCACCGACAAAGAGCUGCAAGAACUGACUCGGUCAAAGGAGCUUCCAAAAACCGAAAUGCCUGAAAGGAAGAAGGCUUGUCAAGUUGGGAUGGAUAAAGGCCCCCAUGUUCUUCUCUGGACCCUUGCCUGCCUCCCUAUUAUUUUCAUUAUGUCCUUUAUUGUUUCCUUUUACUAUGGGACCAUUACUUGGUACAAUGUCUUCUUGGUGUACAAUGAAGAGAGGACCUUUUGGCACAAGAUCACCUUCUGCCCAUUUCUAAUUAUCUUCUAUCCUAUCUUCAUCAUGGUGGUUUCUUUCUCUCUGGGCAUUUAUACAGCAAUAACUCAAAUCUCCUGGGCCUUUGGAGAUUGGUGGCAUGCGGUGAGGGAUAUGGAGAAAGGAUUUUGUGGCUGGCUCUGCAGCAAGGUGGGCCUGGAAGAUUGCUCUCCGUAUAGCAUUGUUGAGUUGCUAGAUUCAGAUAACAUCUCAGGGAGUCUAUCAGCCAAAGGUUCAGCACAGGGUGAAGAGGUCUCGGCUGUCUGAGUCUUUGUAUUAGGAGAUUGCCUAUUAUGAAUAUACAUAAACUGAUUGUUUGAAGCAUGCACAAAAACUCUGAUGCCAACUCAAGCAUUUGGAAAUAAGACCACACAUUGGUCAUUUAUGUGUAGUAUGUCAACAUGAAAUAUUUGUUUCCAUUUCUGUGGGGAAAAAAUGAUCUUUUCUGUAGAAAGCAGACAUGACCUGGAGAAAGAUUCUAGCCUGGCUGCAUUUUCUAUCCCUUGCUAUUAUUUAACAUGAUGUGGUUUGAUAUAACCUCAGGUGACAAGGAAGAGAUGCAUGUUUGAUGCUUAGAAAAUCUCUCUGCACAUUUAAAAAUUAAGAGCAAUUGAGAAGGCUGGGUUGAAGCCUUUUCUCUGAUCAGCUUGUUUCCUGGGAGCAUAGAUUUUUAUAAGAUCCCAUGUUUAAUUCUAGGCUCCUGCCUAGAGUGAAAUGAUCUACCCAUUUUCUACUAGAUUCAGCAGUCCAUAUGAACCAAGGGAUCAUGAAAAAUCAGUACACUAGAGAAGAAUCUCCUGUUCCUUGAUAGGAUGAAUAUGGUUAAUUGUCUUAUAAGUUUAGCUAGUCUGAUCCGUUUCAGUUGGAUAGUAUUAUGCAGGAUAAUAGAGUUGGGCUGCAGACAUUUGUAUAAUCACUGGAUAGUAGUAAAAGGUUAUAAAAAUAUAUUUCUUUGCUGCCAUCUAGGGAUUUUCUGAUUUUUUUUUGCAGCCCAGAAGUUAUUGUGGUUGCUUAGGUACAAGAAGAGUAGUACAAAGAGAAAACGGAUCCCAAAGUUUGCUAUUUUUUUAAUAAAUCUUUCUGUGGACAUUCUGGUCCAUCUUUCAAAUAAUGGCUGACAAAUGCUGGUGGAUGAAAUGCAUUUAACACGAGAGUGAUUCUGUUAAGUGCAAAAAUCCAUAGCUUGACUCAGAAAUUAGAAUCACAAAUAUGAUUUCAUGAAAGAAGCCAGGAACCUAACAUAUACAAAGAUAUGUGGAAUUUGCUUCCCAUUUUAUCCAGCCUCUUCCAAUUUCAAUAGCCAACUGAAUUUUAAGGCAACUUACUCUUGGUUAUGGGAUAUAAACUGUAACAUCUGAUUUAAUAUGUGAGCAGAAAGCCAAGAUGAAUUUAAAUUAAUUAAUGAAAGCAAUAAUUGAAUCAAGUGAAAUAUCUAGAGGAAAUCAGUGCAAUAUACUUGGGAUGAUACAAUGUCCCAAACUAGAAUCUCCAACAUAUGACAUCUUCAAUGUUGACUUCAGAUGCUCACCAGGUUUUCUGCUCAUAGGAAAUUGUUCAAAUGCUUACUUACUGAAAACAAUGGGCAACUUACUUCCACUGCUUACUGUGAAAAUUCCACCUACCUACCCAAAACAAGCAAACAAAACAAAAAUAAUAAAAAACCACUUGAAAGGGCAGAGAAACAAAAAGUAGUAGGUGGAAUUUUGGUAAAUCAGUGUUUUGUAACUGAUUUUAUCUCCAACGGCGUAUGUGUAAUGGACAAGCCAUUUUCCCAGCCAACAUUUUGUGAGAGAGCCUACCUCUUUUCAAAACCUAAAUGUAUCUACCAGACUUUCCUGCCCCAAAUUAGCAGUCAUGGGAUAGAUCAUGAGUACAUGCCUUGUUGACUGCCUCAACUACAUAACCUAUGGUACUGAUGUCAGAAAUUGCACAACAUAUUCAAUCUAGCCAUUUCUGUGGGGCAAAUACCAUAGAAUGUGGGGCUACCUAUGAUGCAGAAUUUACUUGUGUUAUACAUUUUCUUCUAGUAGUAUAUGCAUUAAUAGCCAUCUUACUUCAGAACAGAUCUGUUAUCUUCUGUGAAGUAAAGAAAGCUGUGACCAA